AUGAACUUAAAAGAACUUAAAGCCAUUCAUAAAUUGCAAAAAGCAGGUUUCUUAGAAAAACAUAAUUAAUUAAUUGAUUAAGGGUUAACAAAUCCAUGGAUUAACUAUCAUCACUUAAAAAAAUAUAAUGGUGAUAUUCAUAAAGUUAUUCUUUUUUAUAAUAAUAAAGAGGAUUAGAAGGAAGAAAAGAGAAAAAAUGCUUUAAAAACUAUUGAAAAUUUGGGAUGGCUUUAGAAACAUCAGAAACUAAUUGAAAAUGGGUUUACUGAAUCUUAAAAAAAUUUAAAAAUUUUAUUAAAAACAAAUGGAGAUGUUGAUAAUUCAAUUGAAAAACUUAGAAAAAAAUAGAAAUUAAAAUUUGAUAAACCAAUUCAAUUAAUAAUGUAAGAAUUAGGAUUCAUUAUUUAAUUUGAAAAACUUAAAGAAAUGGGAUACACAAAUGAAAAGAAAAUAGCUAAAUUGCUAUUUAAAUAUGAAGGAAAUUUGUAACCAAUUCUUGAUAAAUAUUUGAAGAUAAAUAAAAAAAAUAAAACUUGUUCAAUUAAAAAAUCUUUACAUAAGCAUAAACCUAAGAAAUCAUCUUAAGAAGAUUAAGAUUUUAAAGAAAAGAAGGCUGAACUAAAGGAAAAGUUUGCUAAUUUUAAUGGAAAGAAUAUUCAUGAUAAGAAAGUAUUGAAAUUCUUAUCUAUGUUUAAUGGUGAUAUAGAGUCAGCUAUUUAGUGGCUAAACCAAAUUAAACCAUAAGUAUAGACUUAAGGUUAAAUGGUGCUAGAAUCAGAAAUUCUUGCAUAAUAUUGAGUUUUAUAAACUCAAAAGAUAGGGAGGG